AGGGUGGUCAUCGAGCUGUUCGACGACAAGGCGCCGCUGGCGGUGGAGAACUUCAAGGCGCUGUGCACUGGCGAGAAGGGCAUGAGCAAGAACUGCGCGGUUCCCUACCACUACAAGGGGGUCAAGUUCCACCGCGUGGUCAAGGGGUUCAUGAUGCAGGGCGGGGACUUCGCGAUGCAGAACGGGAGCGGUGGGGAGAGCAUCUGGGGCAAGAAGUUCAAGGACGAGAAGGACGGUCUGAAGGGCAGGCACGACGCGAGGGGCGUGGUCGCGAUGGGCAACACCGGGAAAAACUCCAACGGAUCGCAGUUCUUCAUCACCUUCGCGCCGUGCAAGCAACUCGACGGGAAGCACGUCGUGUUCGGUAAGGUGGUGGAGGGGAUGAACGUGAUCGACAAGGUCGAGGCGGUGGCCGUGUCCCCGGGUGGGGUCACGGAGGAACCGACCGUGCCGGUGGUCAUCGCGGACUGCGGCGCGCUC